GUAUAUUGGACAAGUUGAUUGUCAACACAGCACAGAAAAAUAAUUCGGCCGGCGACCACGCGGCAUAAGACUGUGCAUGCUUUGGCCUCAACGCAGCAGUCGAUGCUUCACACUUUGCCUAUUAACAUCAACAUUAUCAUCGUCAUCGUUCGUGAAAUUCGCCACAAAUUUCCAGUGCCAUUUACCACAAUUCCCUUUGGUCCGGCAAUUCGUUCGCUUCACGCGAUACACGAAACACAAGCAACAACCAAAACAAAAACUGUUUGACACUAGAGCAACAACAACAAGAACGCUGGCCAAGAUGUCCGAUCAAGUGAAGUAUUUGGAUACGCCCGACAAGUCAGAAACGGACAAAAAACUAUACAAAACACUUCUCCUGCCCAAUGGAUUGCACGCUCUGAUCAUCUCGGAUCCGAGUCCAGUUCCCCACGAUGGCUUCACCACGUCGGACUCCUCGGAUGGCAUGGGAGAGACGGAGACGGAGAACACAUCGGUGGAUCCGGAGAGCAGCAGUAGCUCGAGUGAGAGCGAAUCCAGCAGUUCGGGAACGGGUCACAGCGAAUCCGACUCGGACUCGGAGGUGGGGGAUGAGAAGUUGGCUGCCUGUGCCAUCAUGAUUGACUACGGAUCGUUUGCGGAGCCAAGGAACUAUCAGGGAUUGGCGCACUUUCUGGAGCACAUGAUAUUCAUGGGAUCGGAGAAGUAUCCGGAGGAGAACAUCUUUGAUGCGCACAUCAAGAAGUGUGGCGGCUUUACCAAUGCUCUGACCGACUGCGAGGAUACCCUGUUCUAUUUCGAGGUGGCCGAGAAGCAUCUGGACUCGAGUCUGGAUUAUUUUACGGCCCUGAUGAAGCAUCCGCUGAUGAAACAGGAGGCAAUGCAGCGGGAACGUUGCUCUGUGGACUCGGAAUUCCAGCAGAUUGUCCAGGAGGAUGAGACACGGCGGGAUCAGCUGCUGGCCAGCCUGGCCACCGAUGGCUAUCCCCAUGGCACCUUUGCCUGGGGCAAUCUCAAGACCCUCAAGCAGAAUGUGGAUGAUGAGGUGUUGCACAAGUUGCUGCACGAGAUUCGACGGGAUCAUUAUGCCGCCAACCGCAUGUAUUUGUGUCUCCAAGCACGUCUGCCCAUCGAGGAACUGGAGUCACUGGUACUACGUCACUUUGCCGAUAUACCCAGCAAUCAAGUGACUGCUCCGGAUCUCAGUAAAUUCAAUUAUCGUAGCGCUUUUCGUGCCGAAUUCCAUGAACAUGCCUUCUUUGUCAAGCCCGUGGAGAAUGUGUGCAAGGUGGAGCUGACCUGGGUGCUGCCCAGUGUCCGUAAAUACUAUCGCAGCAAGCCGGAUCAGUUUCUGGCCUUUCUGCUUGGCUACGAGGGCAAGGGCAGUCUCUGCGCCUAUCUGAGACGUCGUCUUUGGGCCUUGGAACUUGUGGCUGGCAUCGAUGACAAUGGCUUCGAUUUGAACUCCAUGUACAGUCUGUUUAAUGUAUGCAUUUAUCUCACGGACGAGGGAUUCAAGCAUAUAGAUGAUGUGCUGGCUGCCACCUUUGCCUAUGUCAAGGUUAUUGCCCAGGCGAAUCCCAAGGAUCUGCGUGUUAUCUACGAGGAGCAACAGGGCAUUGAGGCGACCGGUUUUCGCUUUCAGCCUCAGCGUCCGGCCAUGGAUAAUGUGCAGGAUCUGGUGAUCAACUCGAAAUACUUUCCGCCCAAGGAUGUGCUCACCGGCAAGGAGCUCUACUACGAGUACAAUGAGCAGCAUUUGGCCGAACUCAUUGCACAUCUCAAUGAGUUCAAGUUCAAUCUGAUGUUUACGGCCCGCUCCUACGAGGAUGUGGUCUAUGACAAGCGGGAGGAUUGGUUCGGCACCGAGUACGCCAGCAUUCCCAUGCCCUCGAAGUGGCAGCAACUCUGGCAGGAGGCGGACUCCAAGCCGUUGCCUGAUCUCUUUCUGCCCGAACCCAAUCGCUUUGUGGCCCACGAUUUCACCAUCUUCUGGCAUCAGCAGGGCAAACCCGAGAUUCCGGAGGCGCCCAAGAAGCUGCUGCAGAACGACAUCUGUGAACUCUGGUUCCGAGCCGACGAUAAAUACGAACUGCCCGAGGCAUUUAUGACCUUCUACUUCAUUUCUCCGCUACAACGGAAAAGCCCCAAAAACGAUGCCAUGUGUGCUUUAUACGAGGAACUGGUCAAGUUCCAUGUGAGCGAGGAUCUGUAUCCAGCCACAAGUGCUGGAUUCAACUACACCUUCAGUGUGAGCGAGAAGGGACUCAAUCUGCAGGUGCGAGGGUAUAACGAGAAGUUGCAUCUGCUGGUGGAGGGCAUUGCCCAGGCCAUGGUCACCGUGGAGUCGACACUCAACGAGGACAUACUCGAGACAUUCGUCAAGGAUCAGCGGAAGAGCUACUUCAACACCUUGAUUAAGCCGCGACAACUCAACAGGGAUGUGCGUCUGUGUGUGGUGGAGCACAUGCGCUGGCUGAUGAUCGACAAGUACAAGAGUCUGAAUGAUAUAACACUCAAGGAUCUGCGCGACUUUGCACGCCAGUUUCCACAGCAAUUGUAUGUGCAGGGAUUGGUCCAAGGCAAUUACACCGAGGAGUCGGCACACAAUGUGAUGAACACGCUGCUGUCCAAGCUCGGCUGUAAGCCGAUCCAGGAGCGUCUAUAUGUCGAGGAUCGGACGGUACAGUUGCCCCAGGGGGCGCACUAUAUACGCUGCCACGCCCUCAACGAGCAGGACACGAACACGGUGAUCACCAACUAUUAUCAAAUUGGAGCCAACUCGGUGCGUCUGGAGUGCAUGCUGGAUCUGCUGAUGAUGUUCGUGGAGGAGCCGCUGUUCGAUCAGUUGAGGACCAAGGAGCAACUGGGCUACCAUGUGGGAGCAACGGUGCGCAUGAAUUAUGGCAUUGCUGGCUACUCCAUUGUGGUCAAUUCACAGGAGACAAACACAACGGCGAGUCAUGUGGACAAACGGAUCGAGCAUUUCCGCAACAAUAUGAUGCAGAUGAUCGAGGAUAUGGCCGAGGAGGAAUACGAGCAUAUAAGGGAUUCGCUGAUCAAGCUGAAGCUGGUGGCUGACAUGGCACUGAGCACCGAAGUCACUCGCAACUGGAGCGAGAUCAUUAAUGAGGAAUACAUGUUUGAUCGUCGUCGGCAACAGAUCGAAGUGUUGCGCACUCUGGAAAAGGCUGAAAUUGUCGCAUUUCUGCUGCAGAAUGAGCUCGACAAUCUGCGCAAGGUGUCCGUCCAGGUCAUAGGACAUCAACCCAAGUCCAAAACACUGCCAAGUGAGGAACAAAGCAAAAUUGCUGAAAAUAAGCAGGAGAAUGAGCAAGAAGAUGUUGACAAUGACGAGGAUGACGAUGAGGAUGAGGAUGGCGAUGUGGAGAUGGAUGAAGUGGAUGAGGAACUAUUCGAAAUGCUAGCCAAUAAAUUGAGUGUUAAAUUUCUGCCGCCAGAUGGCGAUGCCAGCACCAUUCUGGACAUUGCCGAGUUCAAAUCCAAUCUCAAUUUGUAUCCCAAACCAGCGAUCACUCUGGAUGAGACCAAACGUCCAACGCUCAUUGAGGAUGCUCUUAUGAAUACGUGAACACACAACACACACACCCACAACACACACCGAAAUUAUUUAACCACCAAAAAAAAAAAGAAAAAAAAAGGCAACAACAGUAAUGAUCCUAUUUUUAGAUCAUUACUAGUUUAAUCAAGCAUUUCAUCGGGAUUCACGCACUAAGUGUCCAAAUCCUUAGUGCAAAUACACAACCAACACACACACACACACACACCUACACUUGACAACAUAAACUUUGUUUCUUUCGCCAAAUCAAUUCAAAAUGUAUUGUAACUGACGAAAAAUCAAACUAAAUCCGAUAAAUAAAUCAAACAGUCAAUAAA